GGUGAACCUGGAGAAGCUGGUAACCCUGGACCUCCUGGAGAAUCUGGAACAUCCGGUCCAAAAGGUGAAAGGGGAGAAAAAGGUGAGGCUGGUCCACCUGGAGCAGCUGGACCACCAGGUGCUAAAGGACCUCCGGGUGAUGAUGGGCCUAAGGGUAACCCAGGCCCAGUUGGUUUUCCUGGAGAUCCUGGUCCCCCUGGGGAACCUGGUCCAGCUGGUCAAGAUGGUGUUGGUGGAGAGAAGGGUGAAGAUGGUGAUCCUGGCCAACCUGGUCCACCAGGUCCUUCAGGUGAAGCAGGUCCACCUGGUCCUCCUGGAAAAAGAGGACCUCCUGGAGCAACUGGUGCUGAAGGCAGACAAGGUGAAAAAGGUGCAAAGGGUGAACCUGGUGCAGAAGGGGCUCCUGGAAAAACAGGUCCAGUUGGUCCACAGGGACCUGCAGGAAAACCUGGCCCAGAGGGUCUCCGGGGCAUUCCUUGGCCUGUGGGAGAACAAGGUCUACCUGGAGCGCCAGGUCAGGAUGGCCCUCCUGGACCUCUGGGUCCACCUGGCUUGCCUGGCCUGAAAGGAGAUCCAGGUUCCAAAGGAGAGAAGGGACAUCCUGGUUUGAUUGGUCUGAUUGGACCUCCAGGAGAACAGGGUGAAAAAGGUGAUAGGGGUCUUCCUGGCCCACAGGGAUCUCCUGGAGCCAAGGGUGAUGCAGGAAUUUCCGGUCCUGCUGGUCCGCUUGGACCCCCUGGUCCUCCUGGUUUACCUGGUCCCCAAGGUCCAAAAGGUUCCAAAGGGUCCAGCGGUCCGGCUGGUCAAAAGGGUGACAGUGGGUUACCUGGUCCACCUGGUCCUCCAGGACCUCCAGGUGAAGUAAUCCAGCCACUGCCGAUUCAGUCACCCAAAAAGACAAGAAGAUCUCCUGAUUACAUGUUAUCUGAUGCUGGUGAUAAUAUUCUGGAUUAUUCCGAUGGCAUGGAAGAGAUAUUUGGUUCAUUGAAUUCACUUAAGCAAGACAUUGAGCAUAUGAAGUAUCCAAUGGGCACUCAGAAUAACCCAGCCCGAACUUGCAAAGACUUGCAACUCUGCCACCCAGACUUCCCAGAUGGGGAAUAUUGGAUUGACCCUAACCAGGGCUGUUCUGGAGACUCCUUCAAAGUAUACUGCAAUUUCACAGCAGGUGGGGAAACUUGCAUCUACCCAGAUAAGAAAUCUGAAGGAGUUAGAAUUUCAUCAUGGCCAAAAGAGAAUCCAGGAUCUUGGUUUAGUGAAUUUAAACGAGGCAAACUUCUUUCCUACUUGGAUGUUGAAGGCAAUUCCAUUAAUAUGGUUCAAAUGACAUUCCUUAAACUACUGAGUGCCUCUGCCAGACAAAAUUUCACUUACAACUGUCAUCAGUCUGUUGCUUGGCAUGAUGCAUCAUCUGACAGCUAUGACAAAGCGCUAAGGUUCUUAGGAUCGAAUGAUGAAGAAAUGUCUUAUGACAACAAUCCUUACAUCAAAGCUCUUCACGAUGGCUGUGCAUCAAGAAAGGGCUAUGCAAAGACGGUGAUUGAAAUCAACACACCCAAAAUAGACCAAGUGCCUAUAGUUGAUGUUAUGAUCAAUGACUUUGGUGAUCAGAACCAGAAGUUUGGAUUUGAGGUCGGUCCUGUCUGCUUCCUUGGUUAAGCUUAAGACAAAAUCAGAUCAACAAAAAUGUUGCACUUUGGUGCUACCAACCCACUUCAUGCCACAUGCAAGUUUUGAAUAAGGAUGGCAUAGAAAAUAUGUCUUGCUGUGUGUAUAUGUCUUAUCUAGAAAGUAAUUGUCGCCCUUGUAGGGCCAGAAUCACAUGACUUAAACUUAUUUUGCAAAGAUGCUGUGGCACAGACAGACAACAUAGGGCUCACUUUAGGAACACCCCCCUUUGGAUUCCUUUGGUGCUGUAAAAAAACAAAUGACAUGGUGCUCCCUCCAUUACAACAAAGAGGUGUUAAGAAAGUGUUUAAUAAACUGUAAUUAUUCUAUGUACAGUACUAUACUGUUAUUUCUGUCCAUUUCCAAAACUUGCAUGUGUAUUGGAAUUGAAGCUGUCUCUUAUUUUAUAAUUACAAAACUACACUGUCAAUACUGUGUAUGUAUUCUGAAAAAAAUGAAGCUGUAGUUGCCAGUGAAGCCAAUUCCAUUUCUGAUUAAUAAUAAAAUCCCUUUGUAUAUA